GAGAAGAAGCCGAUCUCCCAACGCAGCUGGUGGCCAGGUUUUGAAGGCGGCCGUCAACGGCACGAAAGAGCAAAAGGCUCCGAAGAAGACUGCAAGCAUCACCUCCCCUGCAGAUCGUGUGCUCCUUCAGAUUGCAAGCGAUUCUUCCCAGGAUAGCAACGCCACAAGAAAGCACAAGUCGCCAGACGUCUCGAGAUCUGCAGAUAGCGACGAUAGCGUCGCCACAAAGCAGAAGAAGACUAACCAGAAGAACGCAUCAAAGAAAAAGUCAUCCAAGAAGACUGGAAGUGGCUUCUCCUCUGUAGAUCGCUGGCUCCUUCAGCUGGAAAGCGACUUUUCUGAGGAUAACAACGCCCCAGAGAAGGAGAAGACUACCAAGAAGAUCGCCAGUGAAUCCGCCAGUUCCUCAGAGGAAGGCCAGAAGCGGCAGACGCGCAGAAAGGCCAUCAACGGCAGAGAUAAGAAUAUCAAGAACACGAGGCUAUCCAAGGAGAAGCAGCCAACGAAGCCGGCUGCCACUUCAGGGGCAGUGGCCCAGCUGCAACAACAGCCUCGACUGAAGAGUUGCUUGGUGCGUCUGAAGCGGAUUAAAGGGACAAAGUCAGAGCCGAGCAACAAGGAACCGAAGUCAAAGCCAGAGGCAAAGUCAAAGCCAGAGGAAGAGCCCAAGCCAGAGGCAAAGUCAAAGCCAGAGGCAGAGCCCAAGCCACAGGCAAAAUCAAAGCCACAGGCAGAGCCGGAACCAGAGCCAGAGCCAAGCACUUCAAAGAAACGUCAACACAGCAUGAGCACAGAUUCUGAAGAGGCUGCCACAACCUCGGGCACGGCAGCAGCCAAACGGCAACGUCGCCCCACCAAGAAAAGUGUGGAGAGCGAUCCGGAUUCUGACUAUGAGGCAGCCGAGGCGCCCGAGCCGGCUGAUACCGAUGAGGAGGAGGAGGAGGAGUAUCAGGUAAAAUCCGAAGAAGAUGACGAAGCGGCGGUGGAGGAGGAGGACGCUGCCCAGACAAGCGGCAGCGAGGUGAUACCACAGCGCAAGCGACGCGGUGGCGUCAAAAAGCGAGACACCGACUCCGACAAGGCGUCCUCCGACUUUGAGCCGCACGAGAAGUCCAAAAAGAAACGCAAACGCAUCCAAAAGAACUCGAGCGGCGACAGCGAUGCGGAUGGGGAUGAUGAGAAGCAGAAGAACAAGCGGAAGACCAUACGGAAGAUCAUUAAAAGCAAGGAUCUGGAUAUGACCACCAAGGAGGCGGCCAAAGAGGAGGAUGAUCGUCGCCGUCGCAUCGAGGAGCGUCAGCGGGUGUACAAUCGCAUCUUUGACAAAUCGGAGAGCAUCGAAAUCUCUGAGCUGGUGCUGGACUUUGAUGAGGACUCCAAGAAGGCACUGCUGCAGGUGGACAAGGGUCUGCUCAAGAAGCUGAAGCCCCAUCAGGUGGCGGGCGUUAAAUUCAUGUGGGAUGCCUGCUUUGAAACGCUCAAGGAUAGCGAAGAGAAGCCCGGCUCUGGCUGUAUACUGGCCCACUGCAUGGGCCUGGGCAAGACGCUGCAGGUGGUGGCCCUCAGUCACACACUCCUCAUGAACACCAGGCGUACAAAUGUGGAGCGUGUCCUGGUGAUAACGCCCCUCAGCACGGUGAACAAUUGGGCGCGCGAGUUCCUCUAUUGGAUGAAGUUUGCCAAUCGCAAGGACAUCGAAGUGUACGACAUCUCCCGCUACAAGGACAAGCCCACACGCAUCUUCAAGCUAACCGAAUGGUUCAAGGACGGCGGUGUAUGCAUUCUCGGCUACGAUAUGUAUCGCAUUUUGGCCAACGAAAAGGCCCGAGGACUGCGCAAGAAACAACGCGAACAGCUGCAACAGGCACUGGUCGAUCCGGGGCCCGAUUUGGUCGUCUGCGAUGAGGGGCAUUUGCUGAAGAACGAGAAGACAUCGAUCAGCAAGGCGGUGACAAGAAUGCGCACCAAACGGCGGAUUGUGCUCACCGGAACUCCGCUACAAAAUAAUCUCAGAGAAUAUUACUGCAUGAUUCAGUUUGUGAAACCAAGCCUGCUUGGCACCUACAAGGAGUACAUGAAUCGCUUUGUAAAUCCGAUCAGCAAUGGCCAGUACACGGACUCCACGGAGCGUGAUCUACGCCUGAUGAAGCAUCGUUCGCACAUACUCCACAAGCUGCUGGAGGGUUGCAUUCAGCGCAGGGAUUAUUCGGUUUUGGCGCCGUACUUGCCACCGAAACACGAGUAUGUGAUCUAUACGACACUGUCGGAGCUGCAGCAGACAUUGUAUGGCUACUAUAUGACCACAUAUCGGGAACAAAAUAGCUCCGAUAUCUGUGGCAAGGGUGCACGCUUGUUCCAGGACUUCCAAGACCUGCGACGCAUCUGGACGCAUCCCAUGAAUCUGCGUGUGAACAGUGACAAUGUAAUUGCCAAGCGUUUGCUCAGCAACGAUGAUUCCGACAUUGAGGGCUUCAUUUGCGAUGAAACCGAAGAGGAUGAAGCCGCCACCAAUUCCUCCGACAGCUGUGAGUCCUUCAAAUCGGAUGCCAGCAUGUCCGGUGCACGGAAGAGCACCAAAAAGCACAAGACCCGCAAUAGAACGGCGGCUGGCGCCGAUUCGGAUUCCGAUUUGGAGAUGCUGCCCUCGGGCCCGCUGGUGCAAAAGGAUGACCCCUCCGAGUGGUGGAAGCCAUUUGUGGAGGAGCGCGAGCUAAACAACGUGAAUCAUUCCCCCAAGCUGUUGAUACUGCUGCGUCUUCUGCAGCAGUGCGAGGCAAUUGGCGAUAAGUUGUUGGUCUUUUCGCAGUCACUGCAAUCGCUGGAUGUCAUCGAGCAUUUCCUAUCGCUGGUGGAUUGCAACACAAAGAACUAUGAGUUUGAGGGGGACGUUGGCGACUUCAAGGGCUGUUGGACCAAUGGCAAGGAUUACUUCCGACUCGAUGGCUCCUGCAGCGUUGAGCAGCGCGAGGCCAUGUGCAAGACCUUCAACAAUGUGACCAAUCUACGCGCCCGACUCUUUCUCAUUUCGACGCGUGCCGGCGGCUUGGGCAUCAAUCUGGUGGCCGCCAAUCGGGUGGUGAUCUUUGAUGUCUCGUGGAAUCCCUCGCACGACACCCAGAGCAUCUUUCGGGUGUAUCGUUUCGGGCAGGUGAAGCCCUGCUACAUCUAUCGCCUCAUAGCCAUGGGCACCAUGGAGCAGAAGGUGUACGAGCGGCAGGUGGCAAAGCAGGCGACCGCCAAGCGUGUAAUUGACGAGCAGCAAAUCUCCAGGCACUACAAUCAAACCGAUUUGACGGAGCUCUAUUCCUACGAACUGAAGCCAACGGCAGAGCGAGAGAUGCCCUUGCUGCCCAAGGAUCGUCUGUUUGCCGAGCUGCUAACGGAGCACGACAAACUGAUAUUUAAAUAUCACGAGCACGACUCGCUGCUGGAGCAGGAGGAGCACGAAAAUCUCACAGAGGAGGAGCGCAAGUCCGCGUGGGCCGAAUACGAGGCAGAGAAAACACGCACCGUGCAGGCCUCCCAAUACAUGAGCUACGAUCGCAAUGCCUUUGGCAAUCAGGUGAUGGGACAAUUUGGCAAUGCCUCCGGCAGCGUUACCUCCAACAAGAUCUUUGGCUUCCGUUCGGACAUUCUGCUGCAGUUGCUCAACAUGAAAAUAUCCAAAGAUCAUCCAGAGCUCACACAGAAUCAGGUCAUUCAAUUGGUGCCGACAUAUCUGCAGCAGCUGUACAAUGAGAUGAACAACGGGGAUCCCACCAUGUACAAGGAUCUGUUGAGUCUGCAUGGCAAUAUUAUACACCCGAGUGGCAUGUAUAUGAAUCCAUUGCUCUAUGCCAAUCAGCAUCCAUCGGCGGCUGGCUAUAAUCAGGGUACAGGUGUGGGUGCGCCACCUGCUGGUGCUGGUGUGGCUGGAGUUGGUGCACCGCCAGUUGUGCCCGCUGCGCCAGGUUUCGAGCCGGACAAGGUAUACGAAAUUGAUUAGGGAUACCCACACACAGACACACUCUAUGGACAGAGAAGGAUAACCACUACUUGCUCGGCCCCACCCCACUCCACAGAGAGAGAAGGAAAUAUUCCACUACCCUUUCCACAUAAGAGAAAACACCCAAACCCAAGCCCAAAACCCAUAAAUGGGUUGAAAUUUCUAUUAUAAUUUUAGUUAAUUUCAUGUGUGUUUUUUGUUUGUUUGUCGAUCCUCACACAUUCGUGGGAUCUAAUCUAAUCUAAUCCAAUAACCAACUUAAAUUUCUCUCUCUCUCGCGCGCGCAGUCUAGUUUAAGGGUUCUAAACUGUCCGACGAAUUCAGCUGUAGACUUACAAUUAUAUUAGAUACAAGGAUACACACAUAAAUCAAAGGCGUUUUUCAGUUAUAAUAUUAAAUAUAAAGAAACAAACAAAUAACAACAAAAUACUAUUAUAGAUCGCAUAGCUAUUAUGAUUAUAAUACGGGAUGGAUAGGAGCCACCCUCUCCCUCCUCCACCUCACACAAGAACAUUAUUUAAACACGCAACAAAAUGAUAAAGAAUAAAUGGCACAGAUAUUAUACAU